CUCAGUUCGUGGCGCGUCUCAGGACUGGUCGGGCCUACUGGAAACAGACGCGCAAACUCGCGCGCUCAUUGGCUGCAUUUGAAAAGCUCGCUUCCCUAAAUGGCACUUCGCCUCCAGGUUUUAUGGCGUUGAGACAGGCGAGUGCGUGCUGUGCUGCGUGAGCAAGGCGUGAGCCCGCGGCCCUCCUCCCGAAGCCCGUCCCGUCGCGCGCCCCGUUUGUCAAACCCGGUGCGGGCCCCGAGCGACGACGGGGUGUAAACACAAUUAACUGGGGCCUAAGUGCUGCGCGUCCGAGCCGCGUCCGAGUGUUGUCGGGAACGAGUGCGGUGCUCCAGCGGGAGAGGCGGAGCCGACAGCCGACCGUGCUGAAUGGUGUUGUGUUGUGUGUGAAGUGAGGUUAAGUGAGGUUAGGGAUGGACGACCAGCGAGCUAUGAUGCACGGUGUAGGCAGCCAGGUCGGCAUGAUGUCUCAGCCCUACGGCAUGCAGGCCGUGGACCCGGGCCACGCGCCCCCGGCCACCCCGGACCAGGAAACCAGAAAGCAAGACAUCGGCGAAAUCCUACAACAAAUCAUGAACAUCACGGACCAGUCCCUGGACGAGGCACAAGCAAGAAAACACACGCUAAAUUGUCAUCGGAUGAAGCCAGCACUUUUCAGCGUCCUGUGUGAAAUCAAGGAAAAGACAGUAUUGAGCCUUCGAAACACCCAGGAGGAGGAGCCCCCUGAUCCGCAGCUCAUGAGGCUGGACAACAUGCUGAUCGCGGAGGGGGUGGCGGGGCCGGAGAAGGGGGGCGGCGCGGGGGCGGCAGCGUCGGCGUCCGCGGCGGCGUCGGGGGGCCCUGGGCAGCCGGACAACGCCAUCGAACACUCGGACUACCGGGCCAAGCUGGCGCAGAUCAGACAAAUCUACCACCAGGAGCUCGAGAAAUACGAACAGGCGUGCAGCGAGUUCACCACCCACGUUAUGAACCUCCUAAGAGAACAGUCCAGGACGAGGCCCAUCACGCCCAAGGAGAUCGAGCGAAUGGUGCAGAUCAUCCACAAGAAGUUCUCCUCCAUCCAGAUGCAGCUCAAGCAGUCCACGUGCGAGGCGGUCAUGAUCCUCAGGUCGAGGUUCCUCGACGCCAGGAGAAAGAGGCGGAACUUUAGCAAGCAAGCGUCUGAGAUCCUCAACGAGUAUUUCUAUUCACACCUCAGCAAUCCGUACCCCUCGGAGGAAGCCAAGGAAGAGCUGGCGAGGAAAUGCAGCAUCACGGUUUCACAGGCGCGUCGCCGUACAGCCUGGGCCCGCCCUCGCAGGGCACCCCCACCCCCAUGAUGUCUCCCGCGCCCGGCCAGGACUCGAUGGGGUACUCCAUGGGCAUGAACGGAGACUACUCGUCCCCCAUGUCCGGGUCGCAGCCCUCGUACGCUGACUCCGGCAUGGGCUUCGACCCUAUGCACCAGGUCGGGGUGACGCCGAAGCUGUCCGGGUCCCCGCCGCCGGGGGGCUGGGGCGCCCACGCUGGCCACCCCGCCGCCCUCCGUGAACAGAUCCCGGACUUCCCUCCCGUGCAGCCACCCCACCAGGAUGACGACGACGACUCGGCGGACUCGUGCGACCAGGCCACCUCCCUCAAGAGACAGAAGCUGUAGGCUCCGCGGCUGGCGAGAGCCCUAGGACUUAAAGUGCGUCGAGAGCGGGGCCCGUCCCGCGCUCGCCCCGAGAAGAGCUCAGUGUUUUUAUUUUAAAAUUAGAUACGACAGAGUGCCUACUGACUAGUCAUCGUGGGGGUUGUUCGGGGUUCUUCCCCUUGAAUUCAGAAAUAUUGUUGAUUUAUUUUCGUCCAGUUAACUCUAAUUCGUGUGUCCCACAUUUCUUGUUUUCCCUUUUCCGACAACUUUAGCUGUGGCCUUUCUACAGAAAGUCAGUGGGUAGUCACGUUCUCGGUCUUGCCUAAGGUAUACGUAGCUGAUGUCUUGCCGACUCAGCAACCCGGGCCUUCUCCCGGGCCAACAAUUACCCCUGUGUUUCAAAUAAAAAAGAAUGAUGGUCUCCACCUAAACUAUGUAUACGCAACUUUUUACAGAUACUAUACAGUUGUUGUACAGUUAAAUAAUGUUAGAUUUUAUUAAUGCAUGAUAUUACACUUUUGUGUGACAUGUUUGUUUUUCAUGGUCCUUCAGCCAUUGGAACUGGGGGAUACUGUGAUUGAAUAUUUCUUCAAGAUUUUAUUUAGUUAGACAAGGCAGUGUAAUAGGGUCAAACUUAAGUCAGGUGUGGGUGAAAAUUAAAAAUCUUUGACAUUUUUAAGUUGUGCAUUCGCUGUUUGGUUAAAUUAUAGUAUCGAGUACACUGAAAAUAAAAAUGUGCAACUGGGAUGCAGAUGGUAGUGUCGAACUCUAUGGUGCACACUCUAAGAUGCUGGACUGGACAUUUGAACAUCGUAAAGUGUCUAACAUUAAAUUUAAACGCGUCAAGUGUUUAACAUUAAAUUAGGAAACUUUCAAGUGUUCAACAUCAAAUUUGAACACUUACUAGUGUUCAACAUCAAGUUUGAACACUUACUAGUGUUCAACAUGAAAUUUGAACACCUUAAACUGUCUAAAGCUUCAUGACCAACCCUGAAGUUAACACUUUAAAGUAUUCAACUUUACUGUGAAACACUCUAUAGUGUUCAAAUAUCCAGUAAGUGCAACAUAGUUUUGAGCACUUGCGUGUGCACGCCAGUGCACGUCAGUGUAUGCAGAAAAAUUAUCCUUCAUUAUCUUUUACCUUAUUUCUGAGUCAUUUUUAACUUGAUAAUUUGUCACAAUUUUCACUCUGUAGAGCGACUGAACCUAUCUCGACUGACAACCUAAUUCGACUACUUCAAAACCUCUAGAAGCAAAUCGUGUUGUGUACUCCGUUUGCCAUGGCUCUGACCAACGGGAGUGGCAGUUACGGGCCUGCAAAGAAUUGCGCUAAGUAACACUAAAAAAAAAAAUACUAUAAGGAAUCACUUCACACCAAUCCUAGUUAAAUGGAUGAUGGUUAUUGUUACUAGGAAAACUGUAUGGCUCACUAGGAUUUCGGUGUUAUGUACUAGCUAAGGUAGAGUCACAAUUACUAGAUGCCUAGUAACUAGGUCUGUAAAAGUAUUGUUAAAAGUCACGCGAAGUAGCUUUCGAGCGUUUUUUGUUUUUUUUCCAACACGAACACUAAGAUAGUUUGCUAUGCACGCGGUAAAAUUGAAUGAAGACCAUUCAAGUCUUCGAAGUAAAUAAGAGUAUGCUAUUAAACUCCUCUCUGCGCGGCGGAAGGGGGGGGGGGGGGGGCAACCUUAUGGUUCAACACCACCUAUUGCAUUUUGAGCCGCCUCUAGGUAACAGCCAACAAUGAGCACCUUUGCACUGAAUAGUCCGCUCAGCGAGCGCAUGCCGCCCGCGUGAAAAAUAGUGUAUGAUUUUAAAACUAGGAGUCCAUAAUGCCUACGCAAGAAGACGCAUCAAGGAUUUAAACAGUCUUUUGCAUGCCAUCAAAGUGCCUAUAACACCUUGACUAAAUUUCCCUAACCGUGGGUUGACAGUUAACAAGAAUUGUUAACGUUUUCUUGCACACGACACCUAGGGUGGAGGAGGAGAAUAUUGAAAUCUUGUCCGAAAUAGGUUCUGUCGCUUUGAAUUACCCCCUUACAUAUUUAACUAAUUUUUGACCACACCUCACUUAAAAUAAAAUGCCGUACAUAAAAAGUAUACGAAACUAGUUGUUUGCCUUCAAACCAUAAGAGAUAUUGUUUCUGUCCUGUGAUUGGUCGAUCACUAUCCAGCAGUUCCCAGUGGUUGGUUCGCUCGAGUAAAGUCCUGUAUACGUAAUAUUUAACUUUCAACACCACAGCCAUUGACUUAUUGAUGAACACAACUAUUUUUGUAUUAUUGUUUUGGCUGUCACAUGAGAAAGACCAUUCUCUGGGGUGGAAGUAAUCACUCCAAAUAUUUCUCACUAGAAGUGAUUUAUGGCAGAAGUCAAAUAUUUAGAUGUACUUUUCCAUCUCUCAAGUCUAGUUCGUUUUCUGUUCAAAUCAAGAAUAAAAGAUGCUCCUAUUGACCCCUCCCUUGCUUCAUAAUGGUCUCAAAGAUAAUUGUCCAGAUAUUUCUAUUUGUUUUUUGUACAUUAGUAGCAACGUACUAUCAAAAUGCGCAUGUUUCAAAGAAAAAAAAUGCAAACAACGAAGAUGCUUUUCUGACCCAGAUAUAAAGGGAAUUUAAUUCAUUUGACAGUUAUAGACCAAAUUAAGUUUCUGUCCAGAUUAUUAUUGGCAGACACUGAGAACUUGUUACAAUCAAUAUUGUAUACGAUUUUAUAAAAUGGUUAGCUACAACCCAAUUCUUAAGUGAAUACAAGCUACUACUUACAUAAAAUGUAACUUCGCAUUCAAAUUGUUACUGUUUUGUUGUUGUUUGUUUUUAAUUUUUGUAAUUCCUUUUGACGGUAAAAUUUUGUCUUCUGAAAGGUUUUAGAGGAGUUGAAACAUUCAUGAAAUCCAGUGAAAAUAUCUGUGAAAAUGCAAUAAAUGAUAAUGGUCACAUAA